GAGCAAGGAGAACGAAGAGCUCAAGGCGCGGAUCUCUACCAUGGAGAAGCAACACCUGGAGCACAGAGAAUCCCUCCAAACGUUCAAGGCAGAGAUGGGGGCACUCAACGCCGCAUUGCAAGCGUAUAUUAGUCGACCCACGUCACCCCCGUCAGCGCCUCCAGCGCCUCCAGUUGUCCCGGACAUGCAGUACAUCGCGGACACCAUCAGACCUAUGGUCCUCGAGAGCAUCCGCAACGAUGUGCGCCCGCUGCUAGAAGACCUGACGAUCGAAGUGCAGCAGAUGAUAACGCGGCAGAAUACGCAAGUCGCGCAGAGUCUCAUGAACAAAUUGCAGCUCACGCUCAAGACGGUGGAGGUUAUAUAUAACUGGAUGAACCGGACGGCUGCUGCACAGGUGCAGCUUGCGGCCCCUCCCCCCGCUGCCGCAUCUCCUUUGGUCUCACAGAAUGCGAUAGCCACAAACGGACACGGUUCGAACGGCCUGUCUUCUCCGGCGGUAGGCACGAGCAUAGUGGACGCUACGAAUCAUAGAGGCGCGUCGCCGGUUGUGCCGGUCACCACUGCCUUCAUCCGGUGAAGGGGUUCCCACCAACAUAAUGAUAUUACUGUCUCCAGUCGUGUCGUGUGGCGUUCAUGUGUUUAUUUAUGUAUGCAUGUGGCCCUGUGUAAUCGUAUCAAG